AUGGCCACCAAAACUUACACUCUCAACACCGGUGCGAAGAUACCCGCUGUUGGCUUCGGCACAUUCGCCAAUGAAGGUGCCAAGGGCGAGACGUAUGCAGCCGUCACCAAGGCGCUGGACGUUGGAUACCGGCACCUUGAUUGCGCCUGGUUUUACCACAACGAAGAUGAGGUUGGUGACGCGGUACGCGACUUUCUCGCCCGCCGACCCGACGUGAAACGCGAGGAUCUGUUUAUCUGCACCAAAGUUUGGAACCACCUGCAUGAGCCAGAGGACGUGAAGUGGAGCGCCAAGAACUCGUGCGAAAACCUCAAGGUCGACUACAUUGACCUGUUCCUUGUCCACUGGCCGAUUGCGGCUGAGAAGAACAGCGACAGGAGUGUCAAGCUAGGCCCGGACGGAAAGUAUGUCAUCAACCAAGCCCUGACGGAAAACCCAGAGCCAACGUGGCGAGCAAUGGAAGAGCUCGUUGCCAGCGGCAUCGUCAAGGCAAUCGGAGUAUCCAACUGGACGAUUCCGGGGUUGAAGAAGCUUCUUCAGAUCGCCAAGAUCAAGCCGGCAGUGAACCAGAUCGAAAUUCACCCAUUCCUACCAAACGAAGAGCUUGUGUCUUUCUGCUUUGAGAACGGGAUCCUGCCCGAAGCCUACUCGCCGCUGGGCUCGCAAAACCAGGUCCCAAGCACCGGCGAGCGAGUACGCGAUAACCCGACGCUCAACGCGGUUGCCGAGCGAAGCGGCUAUAGCCUUGCCCAGGUUCUGCUAGCAUGGGGUCUAAAGCGAGGCUAUGUUGUCCUUCCGAAAAGCUCAACACCAAGCCGGAUUGAAAGCAACUUUAACAUCCCGGAGCUGAGUGAUGAGGACUUUGAAGCGAUUCAACAGGUUGCGAAGGGGAGGCAUACUAGAUUCGUUAACAUGAAGGACACCUUCGGGUAUAACGUUUGGCCAGAGGAGGAAUAA